UCGCAGACCGGCUCGAUCUGUGCGAGGCUAGUUCAGUAGCGCAGCGAGCGUCGAAGCGCGUGUAUUUCUCGUAUUCUAUUUCUCUGACCUUGUGCAACACCCUUAAACACAGACACACACACACGCACAUACGUACACGAGUUUUAGCACACACACGCAAGUUUUUCUAAGCAGUUGAACAGUGUCCGUCAUCCGUCGCCGCUCAUCCGUGCACUCGCUCUCCUCGAGUAUCCUCGAGUGAUCUCGGCAGCUGCAUUUAUAGAUUUCGGAGUCGUCCUGCGCGCACACGCACGAUCCGUAGCGUAAAGCAGCAGCAUCAGCAUCGUCGUUGUGGGGGAAAAGGAGAGAGUAAGACUGGCGGAGCGGUAUAUAGACAUUCGGUCCAGCUGAGAGAGAUAGUGUGGAUUCUGGCGGCAAGCGACGCGGAAGUGGCACGUUCCUUGCUCAUCUCUGUGUUAUAUAUAUAUUGUAUCGGUGUUUGAAUUAGUUAUUUAAAGAGAGAUAGAAAAAAGAGAGAGAAAAGAAGUGCGUGCGUGCCGCGCGUGAGAAAUCGUUUCUCCAGAGUGAAGUGUCUCUCUGUGUGUAAAGCUUCGUUGUAUACGUUAUAAAUCCGAGCCCAAGUCCAUCGAGAGAAGAUGCAGAGCAACGGCGGCAGCCUCGAGCACUCGGAGAACGGAGUCGAAAAGCCCGGAUGGAACAUCGGUCUUAUCAAUGGCAAGUUCAAGUACCUGACGGCCGAGACUUUCGGCUUCAAGAUCAACGCGAAUGGAGCCAGCCUGAAGAAGAAACAGAUGUGGACGCUCGAGGGCAACGAGCAGCAGGUCUAUCUGCGCUCGCAUCUCGAUCGCUACUUGGCCGUCGAUCAAUUCGGCAAUGUGACCUGCGAGGCCGAGGACCCCAGUGAGCCCGGCUGUGCCUUCCAGAUUCAGCUCGCUGGCGAUGGAAGUGGAAGAUGGGCCUUGAAAAACAACCAACGUGGCUACUUCCUCGGCUCGAGCCAGGACGAGCUCAAGUGCACCGCCAAAGCGCCCGGCGAUGCCGAGUACUGGCUCGUGCAUCUCGCUGCCAGACCACAGGUGAACCUGCGCUCGGCCGGUCGCAAGCGCUUCGCUCACCUGAGCGCCAGCCAGGACGAGAUCCACGUGGACGCGCCCGUGCCCUGGGGCGAGGACACCCUGUUCACCCUGGAGUUCCGCGCGCCGAGCAACGACAACGUGAGCGCCCGGGGCAAGUCCGAGGGCGGCAACUACGCCCUGCACACCUGCAACAACAAGUACCUGGCCCGGGACGGCAAGCUCCUCGAGAGCUGCACCCGCGACUGCAUGUACGCGGCCGAGUUCCACGCGGGCAUGCUCGCGCUCCGGGACAUAAGCGGCGGCUACCUGGCGCCCAUCGGCAGCAAGGCCGUGCUCAAGUCGCGCUCGACCACCGUGACGCGCGACGAGCUCUUCUCCCUCGAGGACUCGCUGCCUCAGGCCUCCUUCGUGGCGGCCCUCAAUCAGCGCUACGUCUCCGUCAAGCAAGGCGUCGACGUGACGGCCAACCAGGACGAGAUCUCCGGCCACGAGACGUUCCAGCUGGAGUUCGACCGGACGACCCGGCGCUGGUACGUGCGCACCAUGCAGGACCGCUACUGGUCGCUCGAGUCGGGCGGCGGCAUCCAGGCGGCCGAGCACAAGCGAUCUUCCAACUGCCUGUUCGACCUCUGCUGGCAGCCGGACGACGGCACGGUCGCGCUCCGGGCCAACAACGGCAAGUACCUGGCGACCAAGCGCUCGGGCCACCUCUACGCCAACGCCGACUCGGUCGAGGCGGCCGACAACGACGCCACCAAGUACUACUUCUACCUCAUGAACCGGCCCGUGCUCGUGCUCAGGUGCGAGCAGGGCUUCGUCGGGCCCAAGAGCCAAGCCAGCCCCAAGCUCGAGUGCAACAAGGCCGGCUACGAGACGAUCCGCGUGGAGCGCUGCGAGCGGGGCGUCGUGCGCUUCAAGGGCCAGAACGGCAAGUACUGGCACGCCGACUCCGAGAGCGUCACCGUCGACUCGGAUCUGCCGGGCUGCGGCUUCUACCUGGAGCUGCGCGAGCCCUCGAGGCUCUGCAUCAAGUCCACCGACGGCCGCUACCUCACGGCCGGCAAGAACGGGGCCCUGCGCCUUGGCGAGAUCGACCACGCCACCGCGACCAAGUGGGAAUUUUAACUCGCUCGCUCCCCGAUCCGAUCUCCUCCCGACUCGAGCUCCUCUCCUCGCGGACACGUGUGCGCUCUUGUCGCGCGCGGACCAUCGUGUUCGUCGAUCGAUCGGCCGUUGCUCGCAUUCUGCUCAACGUACUUAACAAUAAAUCAACUACACGAUGUCUCCCGGGUUUCUUUCCUUUGUCCACUCACGGCCGCAGCGUCCGCUUUUUCACGAGUCCGAUUCAAACCGAGGGAGAAGACGCUCCUCGUUCGUGUGACGCUGGCUAGCAACGAAUCAUCGAUUCUCCAUCAACUUGCUUGAGUUAUGAAUACAUUUAUAAAUAAUUUAUAUACAUUUAUAUAAUAUAUACCGCCAAGAGCGCGCGUGUAAAUAAUGAUAAUCAUAAAUAUAUAACGUUAUAAUGAUAACGCAGCACGUGUACGUGCGCGGGCGGGCGCCGACAGCUCUUCGAAUCGAUCCAUUCCAAUUCGAUAAUACCUUCCUUUUUUUUUUUUACAAAUAAUAUAUAAACAUAUGAAUUCUAUAUAUUAUUUACAUGUGCAUAUACACGCAUGCUUAAAUACCAAAUAGAUUUUAAUUUUUUGGUCGCUUUUUUAGAUUGUACGCGUGGUUCAAUAUACCAUUAAGUAAGUACACGACGAAAAAAGAAAAAUGUUUUUACAUACGUAUACCGAUCAUUAAACUUGUGUACGUGAACGAUUUUAUACAAAUGAGAAAUUACGUAUUUUGUGUACAUAUAUAAAUACUGUUUACUCUUUAUCUCUUUUUUUUCUCUUUUAUCCAUCUGUUUUGCCGAGUAUAAUCCAAAUUUGAAUUUUGUUUCAUUACACUUUUUUAAUAAUUAGUUUUUUAUGCAGAAAUUUGAGAUAGUAACUUCGUUGAACGAUUUUUUUAUUUUGGCAAAGUGCAGUAACGUAGCUAUAUAUUAUAAAUAUAUAUCCAUAGGCAAAAUGUUUUUUAUUAAUUUUAGCAAUAUAUGGUAUAAGGAUAAUACUCUGUAUUUCUUGCGCAAAUGUCUCUUGUAAACUUGUUAAUUUUUGCUGAAAUGCGUUUUAUAAUAAAAUUAUACGAAGAAAAAUAUGUAUUCUUUAUCUAGUGAAAAGGAUCAUUAUAAUUUUUA